ACAUUUUUUUUUCAGCCCCUUCCUGCGAAGACGCUGUCAAGAUCAAAGCGAGACACGAAGGGAACCGGCUCAUCGGCCGCUGAUUUGACGCUGACAGUCGUGGGCACUGACCCGACCACGGCACUCCUACCCGGCCAGUCCAUCAAGUACAAGCUCACCAUCAUCUUGCCCCAACUCACUACCACCGCCAUGGACCUGCUUGUCGAGAUCUUUGUGAUGGACGCAGUGUCGGGCAUCACGCCCUUCGCGCUUUGCAACUUACAAAUUACGGCGUUCGGCUCCCUGAUCACGAGUGGCACGGGCGGCGCUCUUACAGCGGCAUCUUUCACACCCGACAUCAAGGAGAAUGCCUUCCUCUCUGGAGUGAACGAUCGAGCAACCAUCGACUUCGGCUCCCUGAAGAACUCCGCGGCUGUCAACAGCGCUGGAUCCUUCACUGACAGCACCAUCGAGAUCACUUUUGACGUGUCCCUGGUCUCAAACCCUGCGUACAAAAACGCCACAGCCAUUGUCACCGCGGGGGCCGAGUACGACUCAGACAACUACGUGUGGGUCAGCCAGGCGUCCUACACCUACAACAUGGAUCCCGGAUACUCAUACCCCAGCAGCAUGACGCUGAAUGGCCCCAGCACGGCUGCCGCGUACUCAGGAGCCACCUUCACUAUAGACGCCACCAUCACAGACCCCAUGGGGCCUUUUACCUUCGAAGUCUACACUCCUAAUAAAAUUCAUAACAAAUUCACGGUGUCGAACUUGGCGAUCGUGAGCGUUGGUGCCAACCUUGGCUGCGCCGGGACCCCAGUGCCCGAGUAUGAGUACUUCUACUCUGUGGACAAGAGGACCUACCAUCGAGGCGUUGCGAAAUUCGACUUCGUCAUGACGGGACUCGUGUACCCUGAUCUUGUCGCUGAACUGAACGACACUGGCAAUAAAAUUCAGCUGGGUUUCACGGUGUUCUUCGUGGACGUCGCCGAGACCGAGAAUGUGACCGUGGGCGCUGGCAUCACCAUCGGCAACAGCACCUUGUGGACCUCCCUCAUCAACGUCACCAUGGGAGCGCCCAUCACUGUACCCAACACCGCCGGGACAGCAACUUUUGCUACGCCCUACAUCGUGGGCGGCAACGGAUCAGUCGCUCAGUACGGAGUUGUCACGUACGCGGUGCCCAUCUCCAUCACGAGCGGCAAGGGCGUCAAAGUCACCUGCACCGCCGCGCCGCCCGCUAACCACAAAAUUACUGGCAUCAUGUGGGGCAAGGCGGGGGCUAACAUCGCACUGCGACCCAACCUGACCGUGGGGAUGGUGUGGGACGACACAAUGGGCGUCACAUCUUGGACAUUUUAUAUCAACUCCACAGGACAAGUCGCGAGCAGUGUUCCUGCUGACACUGUGGUACUUGAAGUGUCGGUGCAAUAUUUGGAUUCUACUGCGAGGUCUGACGUAUCUUUGUCCUGCGGGUCAACGGUCACGCUGACGGGAGCUACGUCGGGGACUGGAGGGACAGCAGACGUUUCUGGCACAGCGAACGUGAUCAAUCCGACCUCCACCACCUGGUACAAGGGGGAUCAACAGGCACUGCUCGUCACUCUCACCUUCCCACCGGGGGGCAAGGCUUACUCCAACAUGACCAUCGAGACAUCAGGCGACUUCGACGUUACGGCAUUUGGAGCACAAAUCUGCAAAGUGGAAAUCUUGCGUUCAGGACUUGGAGUGCCCACACUUGGAGGCCGAAUGGACCUUUUAAACAAUGACGUUACCUUCGACAAAAUUUCUGCCUCCUCACUCUACAACGACGGAGGCAAGAUGUUGGUUGGUGCCAUCGCAGGGGUGAACCGCGGAACUGCGGCCGCUGCUGGGGACAACGACGUCGUCCUCAGGAUGACUUACUUCCUCCCCAAGAACCAAACUACCAUCACAAGUUUGACUUAUAACAUGAGUAUGGGGAUCCAGCUGGACACAGACCUCAUAUGGACGGGCUGGAGUGGCUUCACGACAAGCGCAGCGGCCCCAACGGUGGCGGCAACAAUCAUUUCGCGAAUGAUUCCUCCUGAUACGACGACUUAUGAAGUCGGUCGACCCAUCCUAGUCAAGUUCGUCAUGAAGAUGCCCCAAGGCAGCGUAGACAAGAUCUCGCUCGUCGUACGCACUGCCAGUGGUGGAGUCACGGUGCUCUCCCUCUGCCGCAUUGUCAUCCUGGCCAUAGGAAGCAGUUAUCCGUGCCUGGACCCUGACCCGUACGGUAAAGAGCUCACCAACUUUGCUCAGCCGAACACAAUCAUCCACGACCCUGUCACCUGGGGACUCAAAGCCACCGUAGAUUUCGGAGUGCUUCGCAACGUUGGCUACCAAGCGUUCUACGCUAGCGAGUUAGCCGACAGUGAUGCCAUCGUGGUAGGUGUGUUGGUCAAAGGGUUGGUCGUAGGAACUGAUAAUGUGACUAUCGACCGAAUCANCUGGAGCAGCUAUCCGUGCCUGGACCCUGACCCGUACGGUAAAGAGCUCACCAACUUUGCUCAGCCGAACACAAUCAUCCACGACCCUGUCACCUGGGGACUCAAAGCCACCGUCGAUUUCGGAGUACUACGCAACGUCGGCUACCAAACAUUCUACGCUGACGAGAUUGCGGACAGUGAUGCCAUCGUGGUGGGUGUGUUGGUCAAAGGAUUGGCCGUCGGAAAUGAUAAUGUUACCAUCGACCAAACCAGCAUCGGUGGGACGAAAUCGUUCACCACUAAUCUGGCCAUCUCUGCCCCUUUAACUCCUGCGAACACCUUGACCGAGGCCAACUGGGUGCCUUUGGACGGAACAGCCGUCGCCUACGCUGGCGUAAUGAAAAUCAUCGACCUGGUCUUGGAUGUGCCUGUUGGGUAUCGACAGCCUCUCAUUGUUAAAAUCAAAAACGACAAUUCACUCAACAUGGAGCUGUGCUUCGCUGCUGUCGCUGCAGUGGGAAAGAACGUGCCGUGUGUAAUCCCCCAUUUGAUCGUCCCGGAGGUGGUAGUGAAGCCCGCAUGGGAAGAACAUACCCUGAACCUCCUGGAAACGUGUUACUACGAUGUCGCCCCCGGUGACAAAAACGAGAGCACGAUAACGAUCAGGGUGGGAGUGCAGUUUACAAAAAUAGGUUCUUCGGGAACACUAACGGCUGAAAUACUCGAAAACGCAACGCCCCUGACAACUUUGGGUCCACUUACGAAAGUUGUCACAAAAUCCUCUUUAGAGUUCGACCCCAGCACCAUCAACACAACCACUACAGGAUUUGCAGUCCAGCUCGUUGAUAACACGACAACAACUGUGUCUCCGGGUCAAAGUUUGUUCUAUGGCUUGAAUGUCAUUAUUCCUCCGGACACCAUGGGAAAGCUUGAGCUCGGUGUCAUGGCUCCUACGGACGGAGGACGAGCGUACGCUACCGUGCACAGCCUGCGCUGGGGCGCCAAGCAAGGCAAGAACAUCGGCUGUAUGCUCGACAUGAUCAACUACGACGUGAACUUGCUGCAGAACUCUUCGCUCUCCCAGCCAAUGAUACACACGUCUCAGACUGACACUUUGGUGGCUCAGCUCGGCUACAUCACCAACACUGGUUUGAGUUACAUGCAAAACUUCCCCACUGAACCUACCGACAACAUCCUGAGUGUUGAGGUGGAAAUCAUGAUGGCCGACCACACCAAUGCCACUGCCAACACCGUCAUUCCGGUGUCCAUUGCAGUCAAGUUCGGUGAUGUGAUCUACGUGGUGACCAAGAACCUGCAAAUAAUCCGCUCAGCAGCUGACCUCAUGGCACUCAGAACCUACGUGAACUUCACAGAGGUGCCGAGCUCAACGAUCUACAGCCGAGCAGCAAAUCCCCAGCUGAAAAUGACCUUCCGCGUGUCUCAUGUGAUGAACUCGUCGCGACAAGAAUUGAACGGAGCAAUUGUUCGGGUGCUGCUACCGAAGCCAGUCGAGUUCAACAAUCUGACGGACACUUACAGUAGCAACAUCACCGCAAACUUCACCAACAACCACUACCUGGACUUUGCUAUCUCGAACCUGUUCUUCACUGACUACCUGGAGAUGAACGUGACGGUGAGCAUCGACCCCUUCAAUACAAUGAUCAAAGGACUGGGACUGUUAGAUGCCGCUGCCUUGGUACGCAUCGUAUGUACCACGUUCGCGGACGCGGUGCCCAAGUACUGCGGCACCACUGCCGUACUCCCCUUCCAGAUCGACGGCACAGAAUGUUCUGACGAUCUUGGCAUGGAUAGCUUCCUGGACUGCCAGUUUUCAGCCUCAACCGCCAUCAGCGCAGCUACGGGUCCAGCGUAUUCGAAAAUUGCAGCAACUGGCUGGUCUCCGGCAGUGCGCUCUGGACCCGGUUGGGACCAUCACAUUACAAUAGAUUUCUUGAAGAAGACACGCGUCACGAGAAUUACUUUCAGUUCGAGCUCUGUCAAAAUUACGCAGUUCAAAGUCCAGUAUUCAUACAAUGGAGCAACUUUCAUCUCACCUUGCGACACCGUGAUAUCGGUCACCACCGACGACACCCUCCUACCGCCAGCUUGUCGCUUUGAGGCUCGCUUCGGCCGCCUCAUCAUCGUCGACAGCGCGCCCAGCGAUGCGGCCUUUGUUGUGAAAUUCAAAUGGUACGGCUGCUCAACUGAAACUGUCAACGAUACCUGCUCAGCUCUGCCGACCACCUAUACAGACUCACCAGGCUGGCGCCAGAUAUCUCACGACAAAACAAAUUCAGUUUUCUACUUCUGCGAUUACAGCCCCACAAAGAAACGAACUGUCUGCUUCUCUUCUGCCGAUGCCGGCGUCACUUGGAAUGCAAUGCCGGCGUACAUCGGUUCCCUUGUUGGACCGAGCGGUGGGCUGUUCUACGCGCGGGACGCCCAAGGCAUAGCGACGGUCUCCAGCACCGACGGCGUCAACUGGCUGGUCACGGACGCCACCGUCGCCGCAGGGCUCACCGUCACGGCCAAGAGUGUUCCCGGCAACGCUAAGCUUUCCUUCACUGCCGUCACCGAUGGGGACUUGACAGCGGACUACACCGGCAUCACGAAGGGCGGCAACUACGUCGUCAAAUGGGAGAGCUGCUGCGCCUGAACAUCCGCAGCUGCCGUUUCAUCAGUGCCGGUCAAACCUACAAUUGAUAAUUAUUUCUAAACCAUAUCAAUCUUAUACCAUGAAUAAACGUUUACACUCUGCAGCAAUAUUCUCUGUUUAGUAUUAAAUCAGGAGCGAGCAAACAAUUGAUUUAAAAUAUUUCCUUAUUUUAUUAUGGCAAAUCAAUAUAGGGCGAACGUGGUUUUCAAUCCUAAUCGAAAAUGUCAUGCUACUGAGGCUAGCAGCUAUAGUUGCAUUGCAAGCACCCAAUGAUUAUAAAUCCUUUUAUAAUGAUUUUAUUCCAUUUUAGCUCUGCGAUUCAAAAUAAAAACGAAUUAUUUCCAGGAGUCGAAAGCUCAACUUUCACUAACGAGUUAUGAAGUUUUGAAUUUGAAAUAAAAUAUCCCACUGUGAGAAGCCGGAGAUUUUCCGACUUGAUUGGGUAUUUAAAGAAAUUAUUUUUCUUUUUCUUACCAAUUCACAAAUAUUGUUAAGCAGCGUCAGUAGCAUCGAUAAAGAAAACUCUAAUUGGUUAGGGAAACUAGAGGUAACAAUAAUAAUUUGUGUAUAACCGCGUAAUAAAUAUCGUAUCAUGUAUGACUUAUCAAUACAAUUUAUUAUUUCAUUCUUAAUUUUCACAAUUUCUAUGAAUUUCUUCGUGUUAUCCAGAAUUAUUCACUGCAAUGCAUCAAGAACUUUUGCAUGAAUUUCAUGUUAUACGCACGGCAUUUAAUUGUUCUUAAUCUUUCAUUACAUCGGCGGCAACGAUCAUUGUCUGUAAUUUCUAUAAGUAAUGUUGGACAGCUCGUCAUAUGCAUCAAAUUUGGCCCAUAAUGGUUCAAGUCCUGGUACUUUUUUGUUAUACUUCAAUUUGAUCCUCCAAGUAAUAUGAAAGAACAAAUUUUGUCUUGGUAUAAACUAUAAAUUAUGUGUGAUUUAUUAUAAUAUGAAAUUUUAUUGAGUCCUGGAACAAAUAAUUUAAGUGAAACUGUUUUUAGAGUUACGCAUAUCAAUAGCAUAUAAUGUAUUGAUCGUUGGCUCCUUGUGCACAAGUAUUUUCUUUGCUAAAAUGCGUUUAAUAUAUCUUAACGCGAUAAUAAUUUACAUUCUUUCCAAUAAAUUAUACCAACAGCAUCUAGCAUUCCUGCAGUUU